CGAGACUGAAUAAUCACUCCGCACUUCAAGGUCGGGGAAGGUGAUUGUUUCGUCUGCUUGUCGACGUCAUUACAAAAGCAAAUGUCUGCCGUCGAGCUACCACCGGACGCUCCAGCGCCUCGUCUUUGCCAUCUAAUUAAAUGGCCAGAUUUCGACGGAUACGGUUUUAAUUUACACGCGGAGAAGUCCAAACCCGGUCAGUAUGUAGGUAAAGUAGACGAAGGAAGCCCGGCCGAUUUAUCGGGCUUGAAAGAAGGCGAUCGAAUCAUCGAAGUGAACGGAGUCAACAUCAACAACGAAAACCAUCGGCAAGUGGUGGAGAGAAUCAAAGCCGUGCCUAACGAAACCAAGUUACUAGUACUCGAGGUGGAGUCCGACAAAUGGUACAAAGAUAGGAAAAUCGUAGUCAAAAGUACACAAUCCAAUGUAAUAUACAGAAAAACACCCUUUCCACGGCCAGAUUCUAACAUUAAGCAAGAGGCACAGGUGAGGAAAGAUAGUCCAGUACCCACAACGAAUAGCUCAAAUAUUAAGCAGAGUUCUGCUGUAGUCCAUGAAAGCCCUGUUGAAAAUGCAAGAUACAAUGGAGAAUCUUCUACUUCAGCUGGAUCACCCUCACCUCAAACCAGUUCUCGUAGUUCGACACCCCAAACGCUACCAAAAAGUGAUGUUUCGAAUGAAGUCGACUCGUUGCCGGCAUCACCACAUUCUAGCAAAAGUUCACACAGUCAGAAUGGGGCAAAUGGUCCUAUCGGUCCAAAGAAUUCUGCAACAGAUGAACUAAAUUUGAAUAUGAGUGUGUCAGAAAUGCGUCAACUGCUGGCUUCCCGUAAAAAGCGCGAUCCAAAGAAAAUACAAAUGGAUCUAAGACACAAGUAUGAUAUAAUACAACAGAUGUGAAAUGGAACAAGACUAACAACAAGAAGAGUGAAGACUAAAAACCUUGUCAGUUUUCAUUGUCUUAAUAUAUAUUGGUGCUAAAGUCUUUCCUUUUUACAUUAUUCAUUUAUUAAAUUCCUGUAUUUCUAAUUGAGAGAUAUUAAGAAAAAAAAAAAAGAAUUAAUAAAAAAUUUUUUAAUGAAUUAAGCUUCCUGAAAUACAGGACAUUGUCGAAAUUAAUAUCCAUUCCUAUAAUGGGGAAAAAGUGCUGCAUUCCAGUGUCAUCAAUGCAAUUUAACAUGAUAAAUACAUAUUUUAAAUAUAAUGAAUCUUGCACCAAGAAGUGCCUUAAAUCAUAUGUCACAAAUACCAAUGUGUUUAAAUAUGUACGAGUGCUUCCAAAAAGUGCCUAAAUUCAUUGUUAUAUAUAGCAAGUUUGCCUUACCUUUAUUUUGUUGGAUCGUUAUAAAAAAUUUUUGACUUAUGUAGAUUUCAUUGAUGUAAUCUAUUUGUACUUUAAUAAAUAUUAAAGUUGAGUAAAAGCAUUCA